UCUGUGUCAAAUUUAUGACUCUGACAGUAUAGAUUGCUGUCAAUGUCAAAUCAUUGUUUUCGACCAGAAAAUCAUUGAUCAAAUUCGAUUUUCGAAAGAAUUUUUAAGACAUAACAAUGUCUCUUUCACCAUUCCUCCGCUCUCCGUUCACGGACUUGACGGGAGGUAUUCACUCCCAUCAAAUGCUGGGUCGUUGCCAGAAGGAGGAGGGUCGUUACAUGGAAUGCCUGGAGGCUUACGGUCUUGAGCGCGGAAAGGUCAAAUGCGCACAUUUGUUUGACGACUUCCAUGAAUGCCAGACCUCAAUGAAGCAGUACAAAAGAUUCGUGGCAAUGCGCAGAGAGCGUGAUAGGCAAAUUGCUGCAGGGAAAUUGACUGGAGAUGAGAAAUUUGUGUCACCGAAAAUUGAUAGCUACUAAUUUUAUGUAGAUCAACCUUUUCCAAUAGUUACUUUAAUUUUUGCAACAGAAUAUACUGUAAUACUGGUGUAAAUAAAAUAAUUUAAUCAAUUUACC